GAGGACUGAUUACGAUCACACCUCCACCACACCCAAAACCGUCAGGUCUGGCGGGACUGAGCUCAAUCUAACAACUUCAAGGUUUUUUUAGGGUUUAUAGAAGAUGAUUUUAGGACUUUUAGGAAUCUUCUUUUUAUUUGGAGAUACCUUUGCGCAAACAAAUUGCAGUGCAAACGCAAAAAUGGAAUGCUACGACCGUUAUAUUGCGAACUCACAAUCGUAUGGGAGUGGCCACACUUUACUGUGCAGCCAUGUCGAAGAAUAUUAUCGCUGUUUUAAUAACAUCGACUGCUUUACUGAUAGUCAAACCAUCAAUAUGAUAAAUGAAUGGAGAAGUCAGUAUAGCUUUUUGUGUCGCGAUUAUACAGUUAAAACUAAAAGUGUUGCUGCAUCUCUAGCCUACAGCAGUAGAACCCUGGCCUUAUUGUCCGUGGUCAUCAUGUCGUGGUGGUUUUAUAUCUAGAGGAGGCUACAUCAUUAACCUGCUUCAUCAUUAUACUAUCUUACAUUUUUUUUACCCAAAAAAUGUUUUAUCUAUACCACAGAUAAGCUAUCAUGUUUUUUAUUUCACAGUUUGAAUACCUAAUAAAUAAACUGUCUGUGUUGAGGAC